CUCCCGGAGGAGGAAGAGGAGGAGGAGGAGGAGGAAGAGGAGGCGGCUCCGGGCCUGGCCGAACGCUGCCGCGAUGGACAGCUCGGGGAAGGAGCGGGAGGCCGUGCAGCUGAUGGCCGAGGCCGAGAAGCGGGUGAAGGGCUCGCACUCCUUCCUGCGGGGGCUCUUCGGGGGGAACACCAGAGUGGAGGAGGCCUGCGAGAUGUACACCAGGGCCGCAAACAUGUUCAAGAUCGCCAAAAACUGGAGCGCUGCAGGGAACGCCUUCUGCCAGGCGGCCAAGCUGCACAUGCAGCUGCAGAGCAAGCACGACUCGGCCACCAGCUUUGUGGACGCUGGGAACGCCUACAAAAAAGCAGACCCGCAAGAGGCCAUCAACUGCUUAAAUGCAGCUAUCGAUAUCUACACCGACAUGGGGCGGUUCACCAUCGCGGCCAAGCACCACAUCACCAUCGCGGAGAUCUACGAGGCCGAGCUGGUUGACAUCGAGAAGGCGAUCGCGCACUACGAGCAGGCUGCGGACUAUUACAAAGGAGAAGAGUCCAACAGCUCAGCCAACAAAUGUCUGCUGAAGGUGGCAGCCUACGCCGCGCAGCUGGAGCAGUACCAGAAGGCGAUAGAAAUCUACGAGCAGGUCGGGACAAACACAAUGGAUAACCCUUUGCUGAAGUACAGCGCGAAGGAGUAUUUCUUCAAAGCUGCCCUGUGCCACUUCAUCGUGGACGAGCUGAACGCUAAGCUCGCGCUUGAGAAGUACGAAGAGAUGUUCCCAGCGUUCACAGAUUCACGGGAGUGCAAGCUAUUGAAAAAACUGCUGGAAGCCCACGAGGAGCAAAACUCCGAGGCGUACACCGAGGCAGUUAAAGAAUUCGAUUCGAUAUCGCGGUUGGAUCAGUGGCUCACAACCAUGCUGCUUCGCAUCAAGAAGUCAAUCCAAGGAGAAGGGGACGGGGACCUGAAGUGAAUUGUUCGUGGUGUUUGUGGCAUGCAGCCUCAGUCAUUUGUUCUCGUGUUCCAGCCAAGGACCACCACAGGAUACGUGAUAAAAUAUCUAGCUUAAUUUUGUUGCUUCUAAGUCCAAAUGACUGUGUGUUUCUUUAGUACCCUGCUCUUUGUUGUGACAACGUGGGUAGAUGAGCAGCGAUGCUCUGGGUAUCACGGGCAGAUUUUUCUAAGGUGAAAGGAACACUUCUGGCAGAAAUCUUUGUGUUUUUCGUUAUUGAUGAGCCCAAAGUUUGCACUUGGAACAACUCCUUUCUUCCCUUCCUGUUCUGUCUUAAGGUUCAGUAGCACUGAGUGAAGCAUGUAAAUAUUAUUUGUCUGUGCCAGUGCAGUACAAGUAAUAGAUUCUGCUCUGCUUCCGUAUCGUUCUUGGUUCCUGUUUUUAAAUGGACCUCUGCCAGAUGCACUUGGAUCUUGGUUUUUUUGAUGACUGAGCUUUUUACAUGGUGCUAGUGAAAGGCUUUGUGACUCUUAGACACGGGAUGCACGGAUAGAUACGAGGGCCUGGUGCUGAAAGCAUUGCACACCAGAGGACAGGACUGCUUAGAUGGGUGAGCCCUGCCAGUGGUGGGCGGGAGCAGACCUAGUGAAUUGUGUAUUUUGUAUUUAAGAUCUAAAUAUAAAACGUAAGGCUCUUCUCUAUUUUCUUGGAUCUAUUUUUCCACUUUAUUUCGUGGCACACCCCCAGCCCUGCUACCCUAAGCUGACUUGACCCAAGUAACAAUAUAUUUUUCUAACUUUUCAUUUACAUCAGCUCCUGUUGCUGUCUCCUGCGGGUCUUUUGUGCGUGCCAGGCAGUUACCCCUUAGUUUCUGACCCUUUUGCUGUUGGCUGAGCUGCCUCGUUGUUGUGACGUGCAGAGGUGCUGGCAGAGCCCUGGCAUCGAGCAGGAGCCUCGUCUUAGUUGUCUGGGUGACAGAUGGGAUCGAGCGUGCUCUGAGAAGAUGUAGGCGCUUUAGAAAUUCUUGUUGUCACUUCAGAGACGUGUUUUAAAAUGUCUGCAACCACGCUGUGGGGCUGGCGGUGAUUAAGCUACCUACACCCCAGCGCGUGCACUGAGGGAUUUGUGAGCCUAUGCAGGCUGGCAGUGGUUGGCACUUGGCAUCUCUCCGCUGUGGAGCGACUCUCAGAUGUGCUGGUGAUGUGCUAAGGAUGGAAACGUAGCUGCUUUGUUUGGUGUUUAUGGCAGCUCUGGUGGGCGCUGCUGCAGUUGGGACUCUGCCCUGUUUCUCUUGCUGUAGGGACUGUGUUGGCUUUCAUUGCUUUUUGCUUUCAAUCUAGAUAUUUAUUGGAGUAGAACACCAUUGGAUGGACAGACAGGCUGCCUGACCUAAAAGCAGUUUGUUAUUCUAGAAGCAGUACUGUUAUUUCCCUCUUGCUUGAGCAUAAGAAAACCAAAAAUCACUCCUGGGCCAUGUUCUGGUUUUCUUUUCUGACUGUUCCCACCAGUCACGUAAACUGUUCUAUGCAUCAGAACAUGAAAGGUGAGAGCCAGGAGCUGGGCAGGCCUAGGGUGAGUCCACUACGAAGCCAGGAAGAUGCUCAGUCUCCCACCCAACUUCAGUUUCCUCACUUCUCAGAGGUGUUUUUCCACCCACUUAGAGCAGAAGUUGGAUGGGUUGCAGAUAUGGUCUCAUUUUGUGCAAGAGGGUCCCAAGAUGCAGCUGCUGCUGAACUCACCUGGGCUUGGACCCAUUUUGGUUUCAUUUUGCUAAGCGUAGGCACGUCCUGUGGAGGGGUUUGACUUCUGUUAAUGUCACACAGAACCAAGGCACGCGUUUUAUGCCUUUUUUUUGGUUAGUUCUUCCCAUUGUCAGUAUUGUGCCCAGCUGUGAUAAGAUGCUGCUGUUGCUGGUGGACCAGAAGACCGUUCCCUUGGGGUUCUGCGGUCUGUUGCUGUGCUCUGGAGUAAAUAUCAUUACAAUACAAAUGUUUGUUCUGUAUAAAUAGGCUACAGCAUGACCUCCAGUGUAUCAGUUGACCAUUGUAACAGUUUUAAAAUGACAAUCUGCCACUCUGCUGUCUUCCUUCCCCCCAGUACACAUACUAUGAAAACUUAUUAAUGAAAUGGCCUUAGCAGGAAUAUGAUGUCUUGUGUGAAUCUGUACAUUAAUAAAGUGAAAAAUCAUGAA